AUGCCUACAAACACCUCUGUGGUGACCGAAUUCAUUCUUGUCGGUUUCUCCCGCCUGGCCGACCUCCAGGGCUUACUCUUCUCCUUCUUUCUCACCGUCUACCUGCUCACCGUGGCUGGCAACCUCCUCAUCGUGGUGCUGGUCUCUGCUGACGCUGCCCUCCGAACCCCCAUGUACUUCUUCCUUCGAAACCUCUCAACCCUGGAGAUCGGCUACACGUCUGUCACGGUCCCCCUGCUGCUUCACCACCUCCUCACCGGUCAGCGCCGCAUCCCUCGCUCUGGUUGUGCUCUCCAGAUGUUCUUCUUUCUCCUUUUUGGUGCCACAGAGUGUUGCCUCCUGGCAGCCAUGGCCUAUGACCGCUACGCCGCCAUAUGCCAACCCCUUCGCUACCCACUGCUGCUGAGCCAACGGACGUGCCUGUGUCUAGCUGGGUCAGGGUGGGCCUGUGGGGCACUGGUGGGCCUGGGCCACACCUCCUUUGUCUUCUCCUUGCCCUUCUGUGGACCCAAGGCCAUCCCACACUUCCUCUGUGAGAUCCAGGCUGUCCUGCAGCUGGUAUGCGGGAACACCUCUCUCAAUGAACUGCAGAUUAUCCUGGCCGCUGCUCUCCUCAUCCUCUGUCCCUUUGGCCUCAUCCUGGGUUCCUAUGGGCAUAUCCUGGCUACUAUCUUCCGGAUCCCAUCUGCUGCUGGCCGCCUCAAAGCCUUCUCCACCUGCUCCUCCCACCUGGUGGUGGUGUCCCUUUUCUAUGGCACCGCCAUCUUUAUCUACAUCCGGCCUAAGGCCAGCUAUGAUCCCACCAGUGACCCUCUUGUCUCCCUCUUCUAUGCUGUAGUCACCCCCAUCCUCAAUCCCAUCAUCUACAGCCUCCGGAACGCUGAUGUCAAGGCUGCCCUAAAGAGAACCAUCCAGAAAAUGGGGCCAGCAGGGAUUUGACAAAGGGUCGCUGAUGAUGACCCCCAUUCCCAGUCAGCCCCAAAUCACCGAAGAUCAAAGGGAGAAGAGGCGUGGUUCUUGGGAGAGGGCAGCUUGUCAAGAAGAAAGUGUUACCUUAAAGAACUACUGGAAUCAAACGCCUCCUCCAACUUCAGCAACCCACGCACGCACAAGCACACAAACACUAUUCUGCCUUCUCCUAAGAAACAGGAAAUAUUUAGGAUGGAGGAUUAACUCUACAAGCAGAGCAAGUUGACAAUUGGGAAAAUGUUACAAAUUGUCAUCCUCACCAAUCAUCCUCACCAAUG